AUGGAUGAAUUUAGCAGUGGUGAUCAAGCUCCUGAGUGGACCAGUAGCAGCAGUGACGAUAGCAUUUACUAUGAGGAUGAAGAUUCUCAUCAAGGUGUUGAGAACACUGAUAAUAUUGAAUCUAGCAUAGAGAAAGAUGAUGACAAGGUUACUACAACUAUGCUAUGGAGUUCUGAGUUUGACGAGGAGGUUCAUGCCUAUAAAGCUUAUAUAAAGUAUGCGAGAGAUAUGGGUUUUGUUGUCCGUAAAAGAGACUUGUCAAGAGAUGAGGAUGUGAAUUUGAAUAGAAGAUACUAUGUUUGCAAUUGCCAAGGGACAAGGGAUCCAAAACACUAUCGUCUAGUUGAUAGAAAGAGGAAUCAUAAGCCAGAGACAAGAAUUGGUUGCAAGGCACAUUGUUCUGUUUAUUUGGAUAAGUUGUCCAUGAAAUGGAGAGUUAAGACACUAGAAGAGGAGCACAACCAUCCAAUGAUCCCAGAACAAUUUGUUCAUUUAAUUUCUAGCUAUCGGAAGUUGACUGAGGCUGACAAAGUCCGGAUUGUUUGCAUGAAGGAACCUGGGUUUCAAACUUCUCAAAUUGUUGGGGUUUUGGCGAAGCUUGCUGGUGGCUAUGAUAACCUUAAUUUCAUGAAGAAGGAUGUUUAUAACUUCAUUGAUCGAGAUAGGCGUGCAAAGAUAGAGAACGGAGAUGCUGCGGCAGCAAUAAGUUAUCUUCAGGGUAAGGCAGAUGUGGACCCAAUGUCUGUUACUCGUUAUACACUAGUCAACGGUAACAAAUUGGGUAAUCUUUUCUGGGCUGAUGGACUUAUGAUCAAUGACUACUAA